GUGUAUCUGUCUCUCUGGUCUAUGGUAAAAAAUGAAGUACUCAAACUCAAUCAAAUAAAAAACAUUAAACAAUCAAGAAUUUAAUUGUUUUAGAUUAAAAAGGAAAUUAUAAAUAAAUAUCAAAGUGACUGACUAAUCGUAGGAUUGAUCAGUAAAUAUUCACACGUGUAUGGAACGUGAGUGUAACAAUGAAGUAUUCUUGUGACUGAAUGAAAUAUUUAAAAUAGUGGAAUAUUUAUUACAUUAGUAGUCAAGUUCUUGGCCGUAAUGAUGAAAAGUACAUUGCCUAAAGACAAACCUGGCAAAAUGAGGAUUCGAGCGUUUCCCAUGACUAUGGACUCAAAGUAUGUGGAGAGUAUAUGGAGUUUACUAAAAAAUGCAAUACAAGAAAUACAAAAGAAGAACAAUUCUGGCCUCUCAUUUGAAGAGUUGUAUAGAAAUGCAUAUACCAUGGUCCUCCACAAGUAUGGGGAAAGACUGUACACAGGUUUGAAGGAAGUUGUCACACAACAUUUGGAAACUAAGGUGCGUGAAGAUGUUCUGAACUCUUUGCACAAUGGUUUCUUGCAAACUUUAAACAAUGCGUGGACAGAUCACCAGACUAGCAUGGUGAUGAUACGAGACAUACUCAUGUAUAUGGAUAGAGUGUUUGUGCUACAGAACGAUGUAGACAAUGUAUACAACUUAGGACUCAUUAUAUUUAGAGAUCAGGUGGUUCGCUACGGCUGCAUCCGCGACCACCUGCGGCAGUCGCUGCUGGAGCUGGUGGCGCGCGAGCGGCGCGGCGAGGUGGUGGACCGGCUGGCCAUCCGCAACGUGUGCCAGAUGCUCAUGGUGCUGGGCAUCAACUCGCGCUCCGUCUACGAGGAGGACUUCGAGAAGCCCUUCCUGCUGCAAUCUGCUGAAUUUUAUAGGAUGGAAUCUCAGAAGUUCUUGGCGGAGAACAGCGCGGCGGUGUACAUCGCCCGCGUGGAGGCGCGCAUCAGCGAGGAGGCGGAGCGCGCGCGGCACUACCUCGACGAGAGCACCGAGCCGCGCGUCGUGGCCGUGCUGGAGCACGAGCUCAUCGAGCGGCACAUGAAGACCAUCGUCGAGAUGGAGAACUCUGGCGUGGUGCACAUGCUGAUGCACACGCGCACCGUGGAGCUGGCGUGCGUGUACAAGCUGCUGUCGCGCGUCAGCGAGGGGCUGCGCACCGUGGCCGACGCCGUGUCCGCCAACCUGCGCGAGCAGGGCCGCGCGCUCGUCACCGACACGCACCACAACACCAACGCCAUCGCCUACGUGCAAAAUCUCCUUGAUCUGAAAGAUAGGUUCGACCAUUUCCUCCACAACUCAUUUAACAAUGAUAAAAUAUUCAAACAAAUGAUUGCUUCAGACUUCGAAUACUUCCUUAAUCUUAACAAUAAAUCCCCAGAGUUUCUUUCACUAUUUAUCGAUGGAAAACUGAAAAAAGGCGAAAAAGGGAUGAGCGAACAAGAAAUUGAAGCGGUCCUGGACAAGACCAUGGUUUUGUUCCGUUUCCUGCAAGAGAAAGACGUAUUUGAACGCUACUACAAACAGCACCUCGCCAAACGCCUCCUGCUCAACAAAUCUGUCUCAGAUGACAGCGAGAAGAACAUGAUCUCCAAACUCAAGACUGAAUGUGGGUGUCAGUUCACAUCGAAGCUGGAGGGCAUGUUCAAAGACAUGACGGUAUCCAACACAAUCAUGGAGGAGUUUAAAGAACAUGUGCUGUCGUCUGGGAGCAACCUGCACGGCGUGGACCUGUCGGUGCGCGUGCUCACCACCGGCUUCUGGCCCACGCAGAGCGCCACGCCCAAGUGUAACAUACCCACCGCGCCGCGCACUGCCUUCGAAGUGUUUAGAUCAUUCUACCUAGCGAAACACUCUGGACGCCAGCUAUCCCUACAGCCGCAGCUCGGCAGCGCGGACCUGCACGCCACUUUCCGCGCGCACACGGCGUCAGCGUCGCCCUCGCCGCCCGACGCGUCCGCGCCCGCGCCCGCCGCCGCCUCCGCCGCCGCCUCUGCCGUGCGCCGCCACAUCAUACAGGUGUCCACCUUCCAGAUGUGUGUGCUGUUGCUGUUCAACAAGCGCGAGAAGUUCACCUAUGAGGAAAUAUUGAAUGAGACUGACAUCCCCGAGAAGGACCUGGUGCGCGCGCUGCAGUCGCUCGCCAUGGGCAAGCCCACGCAGCGGGUGCUCAUCAAACAACCCAAGACCAAGGAGAUUGAGCCUUCGCACCAGUUCUACGUCAACGACGCGUUCACUUCUAAGUUACAUAGGGUUAAAAUACAGACAGUAGCGGCCAAGGGAGAGUCAGAGCCAGAGCGACGCGAGACUCGCAACAAGGUGGACGAGGACCGCAAGCACGAGAUCGAGGCGGCCAUCGUGCGCAUUAUGAAGGCCCGCAAGAAGAUGGCGCACACUUUGCUAGUGGCGGAGGUUACGGAGCAGCUGCGCGCGCGCUUCCUGCCGUCGCCCGUCAUCAUCAAGAAGCGUAUCGAGGGGCUCAUCGAGCGAGAGUACCUGGCGCGCACGCCCGACGACCGCAAGGUCUACACAUACGUUGCAUAGGCUAUACAGUUACAAGUCUUUGAAGAUUGAACCGCCAAGUUAAAGUGAUUGAAGGUACUAAAAGUAUUUAAAUUAUUUCAAAAAUAAAAAUUAUUAGUUAAUACACAA